AUGACAUUCAUCUACCUCUCCGCAAAUUGGAUCUGGACUACUGACAAUAGCCGAUUCGACAACUGCUGGGUGCUCCGCAAGCGCACUCUCCACUUCAAAUGGCCCAAUAUGUUACCUGAAAAGGAAAAGCAGCCUUUGACCACCACAUGCUCCACCCCUGUUCUCAUUCUGCAGGUGGUGAAGCUCUUCAUUGUCCUGACUCCACGGUUCUUGUCCCAUGACCAGGGCCGGCUCACCAAGGAGCUGCAGCAGCACGUAAAGUCAGUGACACACCCAUGCGAGUACCUGAGGAAGUGGCUGCCUCAACAUCCCGGCCUAGGCCCAAUGCCACUGAAGAUGGACCUGCCCCAGGAGACCUAUGAGCCCUACAGAGGUCACUCAGCUGUCCCCAGGAGUGUCCAGACACUCAUUCCUGUUCAGGACAUAGAAGCCCUACCCCUUGGCUCUCCCUCUUCAGCGAAUGACGGAUCCACAGAUCUGCAGCAGACAGCCUGGAGGUCCAACAGGCAUAGCCAGGAAGUUAUGCUAUCUAUUGGAAUCUCCACACUCUGUGCUCAAACCUUGCAGAGGGAGAUGGUCAAGAGGAAGGCUGUCUACAAGCAGCGCAGAUGCUCCCCUGAGAAUGGUGGAGCUCAGUCUCCUCCACUGACGGUGAACAUUGCCCCACUCUAA